GUGACGAACGGUGGAUCGGUUAGUCGUAACUCAGGAAGUGGAUAUUCCAACAGACACAGGAAACCAACGCCAUUCACAACGAUCGCCCCGUUAACCAACACCUUGACGAAUACAGUGACCGUUCAUCGUAGAGGUAGACCAGUUGAAACUACCUUAUCCCCAAGGAUAGAUUUCGUCGACGCGUUCGAGGACACCGAAUCUUAUGUCAAACCGGCCAUUGUCUUGCACGAUCAGAAUGCAGACGUGCCCGAUCAAAGCAUCCACGCCCAAGAAUUUGCGGCGACGCUAUCGGAUCCGCCGUCCUCGUCGUCGGACAUUGGUCGAACGCCGUUAAGGGACGUCGAUAGGCGCAAGAUAAGCACCACCAUAGCACCUAGAACAGAUCCUACGAUCGGUAGGACGGUCUCGAGGUACGAUGCGAACUUUCGAAGCCGUCAGAAACCCCGGACGAAAGACAGGCCUACGGUGAACGCGACCACGAGGCCCAGAAGACCGCCGGUCAUCGACUACGAUUAUUACGAGGACGAGGCGCCGAUCAUCAUCGACAAGUCCCUCCUCAACAGUAAACUCUUUCUCACGAGCAAGGGUACUGUACGUUGCCUGGACCAGGGCAAUUUCCCGCAUCCGUACUCGUGCAAGAAAUUCAUUAGCUGCGCCCGUAUGGUGAACGGCCAGGUGAUUGGAACCGAGUACACCUGCCCCGACAAACUGUCCUUCGACCCAGUCGGCGGUAUCUGCAAUUGGUCCGCCGGUCUCGGUUGCAAGGACUGAUCGAGGCUUCGCUUUAAUCACUCGACAGUCUAUAUGUGAGAAAGCUAUACCUUAGGCCCGAUUGCACCAAUGUCUCCUUUGAUUCGGUAAAUGUACUUCUUUUGUCUCUAUUACGCGAGACUACAAUUCGGG